ACACACACACACACAAAGAAAAAAGAAGAAAAAACACCACCACCCCAAAAGGAAGACCGAAAAGCAAAAAAAAAAAAAGAAAAAAAAAAAAGCCCACCUCUACCAUAUAUUAAUAACAAUGUUAGACAAGUAACCGCUGCUAUUUUCUAUUCCAGAAUAUCGUCGCCAUGAUGUCUACCGAGGUCAUGUCACGAGGGCCGCUUGCGGCAUCUCGAGAAAUCAUCAACGUCACGGGCUGGGAUGUUUUGGCGCGAGUGUUGGAGACGCACGUGCCGUCUGCGCUGAAGAUCGACAAGUACGUCACGCCCGUGUGGUGCGUCAUAGGAAUCCUCGGCAACGUUUUCUCCGCCAAAGUGUGGGCGCUCCGCAGAAUGCGCAAAUGCAACUCGUCCGCCCUCUACCUCGUGUCUCUGGCAAUCACCGACAUCACUUUUCUCGUCCUGCACGUCUUCUACGAGCUGCAGUAUCCCUGGAAGAAAGGCGUGCUCGACCUUCCCGUGUGGUGUCCGGUCUGGAACGUCAUGUACAUGAUGUCACAGUACACGUGCGUGUUCCUCGUCAUGACCUUCACCUGUGAGCGCUUCCUGUCGGUGUGUCAUCCUUUCGAAUCCGAUACUCUCUCCAGUUCCUCCCGGCCACCCAAGAUCAUCCUCUCCAUGCUGCUGCUGGCUCUCCUCCUCGCCCUACCUCAGGCCUACUUCUGGGAGAUAAACCCCGGCAACCGGGAAUGCCAGCUCCGGACGAAGGAGACGAUCGAGACGUUCUAUCUGGUUUGGAACUGGUCGUCGGAGAUGGCCAUGUUCGCCGUCGUGCCCGUCGUCGUGCUGGUUCUCAACAUCUGCGUCCUGCGGCAGAUCAAGUCCGUGCGGAAGCAGUUCAUCGACGACGUCGUCAUUCGUAAUAAGACCGUGCGCUGUGCCACGACGACGUUCACGCUGCUGUGCAUAUCGUUCUACCUGAUCUUCACCAAGCUGCCGGUCACCAUCGUGUUCGCCGUUCAGACGAACAUGCAGCUGGGCAGGGCCAUGACCAUAGACGACAUGGCGACAGACGACGCCUGGCAGGCGUACUUUAACUAUUUUCUGAUCCGGAAGAUCGUCGAGGAGAUAGGGAUUUCGCACCACGCCUGCAACGUGUUUAUAUACUACGCCACGAGCCACCUGUUCCGCAAACACUCAAAAGAAGCUGUUCACUGGCGGAUGUGUGACUAUGUGAACAGGCCGACGAGACAGAGACGUUCCGGCCGGUGUACUGAUAGAUGUUUUGUAAAGUAA